CCCCACCCAAAAUUUCAAUUUGCACACCUCUGAAAAUUUGACACAGUUCUCUCUCUCUCUCUUGAGAAUGGCUGAGGAGGAGAAAUGGAGACCAGAGGCUUGUGUCCAGCAGUCUUCUGCAACAUGGCUGCAGAGUCAUGGGCUGGAGAGCCAAUCACUUUCAAUGGAUCAACUCCUACCAACACUUGGUUUCAAACAGAAGACAGGUUCUGUUCCAACAAGCUCUGAUAAAGUGACAUCUCUGUACAGCGAAGGAUUGUUUGUCCAGUAUCCUGAUUCAAGAGGAAACUUGUACAAUGUUUGUGCUAAUGAUGCCCAGUUAUUGCGUAUUGAGCAACAGUUGAACCAGUUUGUGAGUCUCUUGAAGUCAAGGCUCCAGUGGCUUAACUCUAGCAGUCGCCUAUUGCUAGGUGUAUUAGUUCUAUUCACAUGCUAUAAUAAUAAUAGACUCAUCAUUAUCUGAUGCAAAUCAGCUGACCUCGUUCCUUGAUGCUGUGAAAUUAUUCCUCAAAGAGCAAGUCUCAGCAAUCGUUAAAUUCAACAUUAUAAGGUGUACCGGAGGUCUGACUAGUUUUGCCGAUAACUUGUUAAAGGUGUUGCCAGGUGUUGUGCAGGAGGGGAUCCAGUGGUUGGAUGAGGCUCAUUCCAGUUCAUUCAAUGCACCAAUGACUAAUAACCUCAUAGAGGCUGUCACUAGAGCGAUUGCCUGUGAAGGAAAUGAUGCAGUAUACAUAUUAACUCAAGGUCGCUCUGCAUUAAGAAGCUAUUCUUCUUUGUUUAACAUGCUCCAGUUGUCACAUGUACCAGUUAAUAUUAGUGUGUAUGAGUGCACUGAUCCUGGAGCACUGGAUGAUUAUAAGGAACUGUGUAGAGUAUGCAAUGGAAGGUUACAUGUGUAUAAUCCAAAGUCUCCAGUAUAUGAUCCCAUUGCUCCAGUCUCUUCACGUCCAUCAUCCGCUGCCAGUUCUACUAACAGCACUUCCUCAAGAACAAAGACUCCACCGUCCCUCCCCCGAGAUGAUGUCCUCCUCGUGUGGGAGGAGCUUGAGAGGGGGCGUGACACUUUAGCAGAGAUACAGUUGAUACAGUUGGAGAAGCAGACAGUUGGAAGGAGCGAUAAGCACCCACUGCCUAAACCUUGCAAAGAAGAAUAUAUGUCAUCAAUACAGUGGAUUGAUGCUCAUGGUUUGAAGGCUAAUUCAUUGCUAUUCUCUGAUCUUGUGAACAAGUUAGCAUUCCAGCAUUGUGAGGGAGUCUUACGUACAUCAUCACCAGCCCAUGAGUCUACUACUACUAAUAAUAAAUAUAAUGAUGUGCAAAUGGUAGAGCAAAGCAAGCUAGUUGGAGCUCAGUAUUGUAAAGACUUUGUACAUUUAAAGUGGAGGAAUGGUAAUGUGGUUCAUGUCCAUUUAGAUGAGAGGACCUAUCAAAACUAUUACAGUAAAGUGAUGUACUAUGUAAAGAAAUAUGAAGAAAGGAGCGAUUGGUUGAAGAAAGACAGCAGAGAACUAUUUGGAACUGUCCUUGAAAAUAAAAUUGUUGUUGUUGUUGAUACCUCCAGUUCUCUUGAAGGUCGUUUCAGUCUCAUUAAAAGAAAACUCCGCCAGCUGCUACGAGAGCAGAUCCUACACAAAACGUCUUUCAAUCUUAUCCAGUUCAGCACGGACGUCAUCAAGUGGAGGGACCAUCUCGUCCCGACCACACCCCAAAACAUAUCGGCAGCACGAGAGUGGAUAGAUGGGAUGGGCGUGUCAGGUAGUACUAAUACUCUGGAAGCUCUGCAGGAAGCAUUGAGUAUCAGUGGAGCUGAGGCUGUUUAUUUCCUCACUGAUGGAAGGCCUGACCAGCCACCAGAUCUAAUCUUGUCCCAGAUACAGCAGUUGAGGCGUAUUCCCAUUCACUCCAUAUCAUUCAACUGUGCUGACAGCAAAGCCAACCAGUUCUUAUUUCGACUAGCAUCAGUCACUGGAGGAAGGUAUCACUAUUAUUCUGAGGAUAUUACUGAUCCCAAGGGUCCAGUAACCCAUCAGAGUGAUGACCUUCAGUUGCUAAGCGAUGAGAUUAGCCACGCCCAUGAUCAGUUGACCCAAGCACAGCAGCUAAGGGAAGCUUGCAACAGAUUAAAGCAUCCUGGUCACAGAUAUACUUAUCCUAUCCCAAGGAGGAAGAAACCUAAAAGAUUAUCCACAAGUGAUAAUUUUGUCUCUUUUUCAAAAUGGAUAAAAAAGAACAGUCUCUCUCGUCGCAACCUCCUCCUAAUGGACGCCCUGGGACCCACAGCCGUCCCCCACAAUCCCAAACACGUCCCCAUAUUGGACAAGAAAGUCCACGGGAAAGUGUACGAGGGGCUACUCUCAACCGCCCACAUAUCAGGAAAAGGGAACAUCACCCUCGUCAACCCCUCGGGGGUUGAUCUAGUCUCGUACGAGUCUAAACUAACACAGUAUAUUGAAGAGUGUGAAGGAGUGAUGGAGAGGGUCGUUGCAGAGAGCCUGCCACAAGUCAAGCUACAGGGCAUUAAAGAGAAGGUCGGGCUUGAAGGCUCUGAGCGUAUCCAGUAUAAGGAGCACAGGGAGGAGUUGAGGGAGGGGCUAAGAGAUGCUGGGUGUGGCUCACUUUUAUUGGAGCUGGAUAAGGUCGAGGCGGAGAUUAAAAAGGCUCAUGUGCUCAUGAGUCAAGCAGCUGCUCUGAAAGAGGAGUGCUCCGGUAAGAGGAAGAGUAAGAAGUGGUCGUCAGAUGUGUCACUGUCUUCAUCAGUCAGUGAUAAUAGCUCAGGGACUGCUCCUACUAUAUCUGAUCUAAAUGGAGGAGAGAGGACCAUUAAUACAUCAAUCGGAUCACCUGUUAAAACAAGUCUAUCUAAUGAGUAUGGUAGGAGCAUUAAAAGAGGACAUCAUGUUAUAGGACCAGACCCAACUGAUGGGCUGUAUUACCCUGGUGUGGUUUCCAGUGUCCCCUCUGGCGGUUCCUGUCAGGUUCUCUUCAGCACUGGAGUCAGCUCCGAUUUACCCAUUAAGCUCCUCCUACCC